AUGGACGCGAUCUCCUGCGUAUUACUAUUGGCCGUAUUGCUAGUACAAACACGAGAAGUUACUACAUUUGGGUGCUGUCCAGUACCAGUUCCAUGCUUAAGUUGCAAAUGCACACCUUGCGUACCACAGCCAUGUCCACUACCUCCACCACCAGUCAUUUGUCCACCUUUGCCUCCUCCAUGCCCUCCACCACCCAUAUGUCCACCACCAAUUGAAUGCCCUCCACCUGUUAUUUGUCCGCUACCGCCCCCACCACCCCCGCCUUGUCCACCGCCUCCUCCUGUCCUUCCAUGUCCUCCUGCGGCUCCGAUGCCGAUGCCAGUUUAUGUAGCGCCCGUAAUCAAUGACUGUUGCUGCAUGUGCGCUACACCAUGCCUAUAUUCACGGAUGAAAAUGCAUGGAGCCCGGUUGUUCUUUCCGACACAUGAUGCCAGAUUGGAUCGUGAUCCAAAAUGUAACAACGUGGCUCUGAAGGAAAUUAUGGAGGAAGUAACGUUAAAAUUCUAUUGCUACGUCUUUAUAUCGUCGAAGGUUUCAAGCAUCUCGGAACACGCCUUAAGAAUAUUACUUGUUAAUUUGCAGAACAUGGUGGACGAUCCAACGAUCACAAAACGCGCUAUUCAGAGGGCAGCUGAAGAGAAGCUUGCAAAAAAGUUCAACGUUAUAUGCUCGAAACAAGAUUUCUCUUACGUGGCAUACACAGACAAUUUUUGUCAGCUCUCCAAUCAAGACAUCACUUGUUACGCGUUUAGACCUCUUCCCGAGCUGUAA